CUGCAGAUUCAUGAAAAGGAAGAAGAGGAGAUGAAUGAGAAGAAUGAUAACGCCAGCUGUCUGAAUGAGGAGCCUCUAAUCACAGCGGACCAGGUCAUCGAGGAGAUCGUGGAGAUGAUGGAGAACUCUCCGGAUCCCGGGGAGACGGAGGAGGAGGAUGAGGAGGAGGUCAGCCACUCUUCCUCCCGCACCAGCCCCUCCCUGCUGGAGGAGAUCCGGCAGCUGUCCCAGGCCUCCAACAACAACUGCUCCUACGAAGUCUGA